AAUUUACAUAGACACUUUGAGGAAAGUUGAGAGAGCAAAAGCAAAUGGUGAUGAAGAGACUGUUACUUCUUCUAAAACCCUUUGGUGUUUAUGUACCACCUUCCCACUCCCACCCUCAGAUCUUACAAUUCUUGGAUAGUAGGCAUAAGGUGCACCAUGAUGCCAUAAACUUUUGUCAAGCAAUUCUGCAGAAAAAGUCAGUUGAAUGGAAAGCUGUGAUGCGUAAUGAUUUGUCACAGCCGAUCAAUGAUGUGGACCUUGUUGUAACAAUUGGUGGUGAUGGAACUCUUCUGCAGACCAGCCAUUUCAUGGAUAACAAAAUUCCUGUUCUUGGAGUGAAUUCUGACCCAACCCGAUUUGAUGAGGUGGAACAGUUCAGCAGUGAGUUUGAUGUUACCAGAAGCACUGGCCAACUUUGUUCUGCAACUGUUGAAAAUUUUGAACAAGUUUUAGAUGGUAUACUUGAAGGUCAAUUUGUUCCUUCCAAGUUAACAAGGAUAAUGAUUUCUGUUAAUGCACUACACUUGUCAACUUAUGCUCUCAAUGAUAUUCUAGUUGCACAUCCAUGUCCUGCUUCACUUUCUAGAUUCUCCUUCAGAAUCACACAAGAUGAUCAGCCAUGUUCCCCACUAGUUAACUGCAGAUCAAGUGGUCUAAGAAUUUCAACAGCUGCUGGUUCAACAGCUGCAAUGCUUUCAGCAGGUGGAUUUCCAAUGCCCAUUUUAUCUCAGGACCUCCAGUACAUGGUAAGGGAGCCUAUUUCACCUGGGGCAGUGUCAGACUUUAUGCAUGGAUUGAUUAAACAUGACCAAACAAUAGACACUACAUGGUCUUCUAAAAAAGGAGUGAUAUAUAUUGAUGGUUCUCAUGUCAACUAUGCCAUCCAAGAUGGGGAUAUCAUUGAAAUAUCUUCCAGAGCACCGAGUCUGAAAGUUUUCUUGCCUCAUAAGUUGUUAUAACUAGAAAAGAUGGGAAGUAAAGUAAAUUUCACAGCAUGUCAAUCAUCAGGAGGAUACACAAGUUUUGUCGGAGGAUGUGUGUUUGUGCAAUGGAAAAAUUUAGGCCGCAUGAGCUGACAUGGCUUUAAGCCUGCAAUGUCCCAUUCCUUCUUAAGAGUUGAGCUACAAUGCAAUUCAGAGUCUCCUGUGCAUUAAUAUUCAAUACCUAAAUAUGAAGCUGAAUUGACUUUAAAAUCGAGGAAGAUAAAGUUUCUGAUGUACGUAUCACUCAAGCUCCAAUGGGGAGUAUUUUCAUAAUGGGAAGUCAUCGGAUAGUCAGGUCAUUUUGCUAAUAAAUAGUGCAUCUCCUCUUAUAUCCUUUGGUAGGACAUUUUAUACCUGUCUCCAUGAAGGGAUCAAGAUCUUUGUUAUACCCCCUUUGUUAUAGUUAAAAACAAGCCAUCUUUAAUGACAACAAUCUUGAGGAUCCAGUGGAAUUCAGCAGUCCUCCUUCUGGUAUUAGACUAUUAGGUUAUUGUACAUCGCGGAUCAUGCUGGGGUAUCCCGUUUGGUUUCUGUAGGUUAAAGGUGUGUUUCUUUUCCUGUUUGGGCUUAGCCCUUUUUGUCUGCAAAAUAUAAAUAAAAUAAAAAAUAAAAUA